CUGAAGCACAGAGAUGAAACCAGCUUAGUGAGAGUGAGCAAGCAAAUGAGUAAGAGGAGUGUGUGAAAGAGCAGCACGGUUGUUUACGCUUCCUUGUGACCUUAAAGAAGGGAAGGAGGAUCACCUUUUCUUUUUCUUUUUUUUUUCUGAAUGAACAAGUGAUAGAGGAGAGACAUCAGAGGGGGAGGACAAGGGAAGGUCUCCUGACAUCGCUCCUGAUAUCGUUGACUUUGCCUGCUGGAGGAAGCCAGAAGGACAGACUCACAAACAGUGACAGGGACACUUGGUGUUUUUGGAAAGGUGCAGCAACAUGAGAGCUCGUGUCCUAAUCUGGAGCAUGUGUAUGAAGAAAACAGCCAAGGAUCAUUGCAAUGCCAGCAUCUAGAAAGCUUCAGCAAGCUCACUGAAGACAUGGCCCAGGCAAAAGGGCCAAGAGACGCCGUUCUGUUAUCGAAUGAGAAUGCACGUCCAGUGUCCAGGGAAGGCGUGGCAUGGAAGGGCCCGCGUACGGUGGUCCUGCAGAAGAACUCUCAGGGCUUUGGGUUUACACUGCGGCACUUCAUAGUGUAUCCACCCGAAUCUGCCCUCCACACAUCUGUGAAGGAUGUAGAGAAUGGCAAUGGAAAAGGGAAUCCUAGGGGCCGUUUGGAGCCAAUGGAUACUAUUUUUGUGAAGAGCGUGAAGGAGACGGGUCCUGCCCACCAGGCUGGGCUCUGCACAGGAGACCGACUUGUAAAAGUAAACGGGGAGAGUAUUUUGGGAAAAACCUACUCUCAGGUUAUAGCACUAAUCCAAAACAGUAAGAGUGUGCUGGAGCUUUCCAUUAUGCCUAAAGAUGAGGAUGUGCUCCAGUUGGUAAGUGCAUACUGUCAGGAUGCAUAUCUGAAAGGGAAUCAACCAUACACAGGAGAGGCUCAGAACCUUCCAGAGCCUCCUCCAAUCUGCUACCCUCGCAGCAAAACCACCUCCUCUGGUAUGCCGGCUAACCUGAACUGCAGGCGUGGAUCAGCUGGUAUCUUAGAAAUUCGCUCCGUAGGAGACAGUACUGGGGCUACAGGCCGUCGCUCAGAUGUCUCAAGCCACCGUUCACUUUCUCACCGGCGUGCUCGCUCCUCAACUAUAGCUAUUAGUCCUCUGGACUUUCACUUUGCCAACCACAAUGCGGCCAUCACCUCAGCCUCCCUGCCCCACCCAAGGAAGGGCAGCCUUCCACUUUCGCAGAGUGAGCUGUGUCACCAGGCCCUGGCUAAAUGGUACCACAGCCAGACAACAGAGCGCCCAGCCAUGUCCCAACACCACCGUAGCAUCUCUCAGGACACACUGCUUUGCCACUAUGGAGCAGCCACUGGAGUCAACCAGUCCCCUUACAUAGACUCAUGUUGGACGGAUAGAUGGGGUAUGACUGGGGUUCAGCAAUCAAACCUCUCCCACUCAGAUAAUCUACUGGCCGCUUAUAAAGAAUACGAGAAGAGCCAUGGGCGCUCACUAGAGAAAUUGGACAAGGCAGCUGCUGUUUCCACCCGCUAUGAGAGGUCCACCCCACAGGGUGGCCAGCCAAUUAGAAAAGAAGAGCAGCCCUGCCCAGCCAAUCAGCGUGCAGUAAUUUGUGCAAAUUUGCCACAACCAGUCCGAGGGUCCAGCCAUGCCCAGGAGCAGACAGGCUCUCAGUUUCAUCAGUCAGCCCAAACCAGAUGUUUGCCCACACAAACAGUAGAUGACCAGAUGGUGGGCUAUCGCAGCUAUAGUCCCUCUUUCUGUCGCAAAGCAGGACACCUCAUGCAGCAGGCUCAUUCCUUUAAAGAUUCCUCCUACACGGGUCCUCACCUCAGCUGGACCUCCACGCCUAAAACCAGCCCCCCAGAUAGCGCACCUUCUUCGGGCAGAGAUUCAUCACCUCAGUCCAUGUCUUCCACUGCUGAGACGCAGAACUCUGCAAAGGAAAGUUUACAUAGUGGACCAACAAUGGAGGAGCCUGUUCAAGUGCAGAUGCAAGAGGUAGUCCUCAGACAAAAACCUGGCAAAUGUACUCCCUACACAAUGCGUCACCCAAACUACGCCAUGCCUGUGGAUCUACUCGAACCUUCUGUUGCUUCAGCCCCUGUGCGGUCCAAUGGGAACCUGCAAUCCCUGCCUGUGGAGCAGGACUCCCUGGCUUCCAUUCCCUUUAUAGAUGAGCCCACCAGCCCCAGUGUAGACCUACUUGCCCAGCACGUGCCUGCCUCCUCUGUGGUGUCCAGCAGCCUGUGCCAGCCACCUACCCUGUCCAGCAGCCCUGUCCCUCACUCCCUCACCUCCCCUCUCACCCAUCUCCUUGACACAGACUCCAGUGCUGUCAAAAACAGCCGUCGCUCUUCCUACCUGCUUGCAAUCACAACUGAGCGCUCCAAGUCCUGUGAUGAGGGUCUGAACACAUUUAGAGAUGAAGGCCGUGUGUUUAUGAGAUUGCCAAAAAGGGUCAAAAGCUUUUUUACAGAGGGUUCCCUCGAAAGUCUGCGAGUGGCAGAAGAAGCCCGCUCCAAACGCCACUCUACCUCUGAGAUCGGCAACAUCACCCUAACAGAUAUCAGAAAAGAGGGCUGGCUGCACUACAAACAGAUCCUUACAGAGAAGGGCAAGAAAGUUGGUGGUGGUAUGCGACCAUGGAAAAGGGUCUUCUCUGUGCUGCGCUCCCAUUCACUUUUUCUGUACAAGGACAAGCGUGAGGCCGUGCUCCAUGGAGCUGGGUCAGUGGGCCAUGGGGGUGGCGAGGAUGAGCAGCCCAUCAGUAUCCGCGGCUGCUUGAUUGACAUAGCUUACAGCGAGACAAAGAGGAAACACACACUGCGUCUCACCACACAGGACUUCUGUGAGUACUUGCUGCAGGCAGAGGACAGGGAUGAUAUGUUGAGCUGGAUCCGCAUCAUCCGCGAGAACAGCAAGACUGACAAUGAGGAACUUGGUUUUUCCAGGCAGGCCCUCAUCAAUAAGAAACUAAACGAUUACAGGAAACAAAGUCUAACAGGUACUAAGCCAGACACUUCUCCCAGAGUCCACAGGAUGAUGCAACCAUUUCUCCUCUCAAAGACUGACAGCAGCUCAGGACUGAACCGAUCCCUGAAGACAGAGAGCAAAGAGGAGAGCAGUCCCCCUAAGGCUACGUGGGGCAUCAACCUAAUGAAAAAAGGAAAGAAAGCAGGGCCUAAGGCCUUCGGAGUUAGACUAGAAGACUGCCCUCCGGGAGCCGGUAAUAAGUUUGUGCCUCUGAUUGUGGAGACCUGCUGCAGCCUGGUUGAAGAGAUGGGGUUAGAAUAUACAGGGAUUUACAGAGUGCCAGGGAACAAUGCCAUGGUGUCUACCCUACAGGACCAACUCAACAAGGGCAUGGAGAUCAACACUGCUGAAGAGAGAUGGCAGGACCUGAAUGUAAUCAGCAGUCUCCUUAAGUCUUUCUUUAGGAAGCUUCCAGAACCUCUUUUCACUGAUGACAAAUACAAUGAUUUCAUCUACGCCAACCGCUUAGAGGAUGCUGGGGACCGGAUGAAGACAAUGAGAAAACUGAUUCGCGACUUGCCUGAUCAUUGCUACCACACACUUAAAUUUCUGAUAAGCCACCUUAAGCGAGUGGCUGAUCACUCUGAGAAGAAUAAGAUGGAGCCCAGAAACCUUGCUCUGGUGUUUGGCCCCACACUUGUACGCACCUCAGAAGACAAUAUGACAGACAUGGUCACUCACAUGCCUGAUCGCUAUAAGAUUGUGGAAACUCUCAUUUCACAUCAUGCCUGGUUCUUCACUGAUGAGCUGAUGGAUAAAGAUGAGAAGACCCCUGAAGACCAACGGGAUGAGCAACCUGUUCCAAAUAUUGACCACCUUCUCUCCAAUAUUGGCCGAACAGGCGCGCCGGGGGACGCCUCAGAUUCCACUAACAGCGACUCAGCUAAACCCAAGGGAUCUUCAGUUUUAAAGAAAGAUGUAAGCACCAAGGAUUUCCUUCCCCUGUCCAUUAUAUCUGCUGUGACCCGGAAGCGAAAGAAGCAUCGGAGCGCCUGCCCUACAGAUAGCAGUAGCGAUGAGGACUCCGAGCACGAGCCGGUGAAAGCCAGCAACUAUGGAGAGCUGAGUGAGAAUGGGGGGACUGAGAGGGAUGACGGUCAUGAGGAGAGCAAGAUAGGUUGUGCUGCCCAAAGCACAGAAAGUCAGACAACAAAAGUAGAUAAGAGGGAUGUGGGAGAAAAACUGUUAAUAGAUUCAAAUGAAGAAAAAGAACAGGAGGUGGAAGAGAGGGAGAGUGAAUGUAGUCAGCAAGGAGAUGAGGGUAUACGAGUGAGCAUCAGGGCCCAGUUAAGGCGAGAACAGCCACAGCGGCCUCGCAGCUUCCUGUACUCUCACCAAAUUUCUGCACGGCCGAGAGUUACAGAUCAGUCAGCAGGCUCUCCCUCCUCCCCCUGCUCCAGUGAUGAGCAUAGCCCCAGCCAGGUCAACACAGUAAGCUGCAAGAAGCUGCGUGGGGAGAGGGCUCGUCCUCGGUCCUUAUAUGAAGAACCAGGUCUGGAGCGGGCUGUAGGUCUGGCCCGAGUCAAAGCCUCACUUGUGCGUGGCCAGGAGAGGCUUCGUCAGGCCAUGUCACCUAGCAGAGACCCCUCUGUCCAGCAGAGUUGGCUAAGUCAGGUACAAGCCAACCUCCUUUCCUCUGCCAACGACUUGUGGAGAUCAGGGACUCAGCGGCGGCAAGCUUCCCCAGAGACGCGCCGCAGGCGGAGAGACUGGAGACGCCAUACAGUGGUGGGAAAUAGUGGGGAAGGCUAAACAAGGACAUCUAAACACCAUAGAAUCCCGAUGCCUCAACACUUUGAGGGGAAAUAAAGCAUACUACUAAAAAUACCAAGAGUGAAGAUAAAAAGGUUUAGUUUAAAUCUUUAAAUGAAGGAAAGAUUGGAUAGAGACGAAUCCAUUUCAGUUAUUAAUUGCAUAUUUGCACCAUGCCGAAAGCAAAGGUUUUACGGAACAUUUAUGCAAUAAACACUUAAGGCCUUUCGGCAUUCUGCACUGGUGCAAUAAAUAACUUUAGCCUUUUUCAGCUUCGUUUCCAUCUCAUCUACAUCACUGGAGGAAAACACUUUAACUGAAAGUGCAGGAUCCUUACAGCACAUCCACAAGACUUUGCACUACACCUUAUCAGCGACACCAAACAAAAUGGCUCCCGACCUCAGGUGCAAGAACAGAGAGCUGUGGAGCAGCCAUAAUAAUACAUGCUGCCAUUCAUUCAUAAUUCAUCCACCACAUAUAUAUGUUGCUAAAAAGGGUCUGGUAUGAUUCACAAAUAUGUCCUGUUCUCCUGAACCCACACCCCUAAUAAACACAGUCUUCCCUUGUAUGAGUCAAAAUGCCAGUGUUACACAAAGUUGUUGUUUAGAAACAGUUGAAAGCAGCCGUGCCGAAAUCUGACAUAACCUUACCUUGAGCUCUGGCGUGCUAAUCAGUCUCGCUCUUUCUGUUUUGACCUACAGCACAUGUUCUCCUCUGGUGGCUUUGAGCAGCCAGAGCAGAUUUUUUAUUAUGUUUGACCAGUUAUUACUGCCAACCUCACAUUGUGUAUCAACUAACACAUAUCUUGUGUGUUAUAUUGUCUUUGCCCUGUGCUUGUACAUUUAUACACUACCUGGGUGAUCAUGUGGACCAAAAUGUUUUUGUAACAGUUGUACAAAGCCAUGCUAAGUUAACCCUCUGUGUACAAAUGAUGUGUGUUUGUUUUGAAUUGUCCUUUUUUUUAUUUUUUAGACUGUUAUAUAAAAAGUUCUUAUUUC